UCAGCUGAGUUGGACGUGUUUUUAGGAAGCGUAAGAUCGAUCGCAAAAAGGAUUAUUGCAUUGCUGUUGUUAUUAAAUAGAUAUAAAAGAAAAGAAGAUCUAUGUUCAUCAAUUUAUUACGACUGUGAACUCUGAUGGGAACUAUUUUACUCGAAAGUAAAGGUUGAGAACUGAGGAAGCGAAUGUUUUGAUUAUUUUUGAAUGAGCAUAUCUUCAUUUGUAGAGCUUUUUAGCUUAUUAUCAUCAUGUAUACAAAAACGAUCGUAGAAGGGAAGAAUUCCAGUUAUGAUUUUGGAAAUGCUGGGACGGAAUUCAGCUGAAUACCUACAUAAAAGCUUAUAAAAGAUUAAAAAGUCCUACUACACCAUAAAUACAGCCUAUUGGGAAUAAAUCUUUGUGCCGUAAAAAGGCCAAGUUUUACUAAAAAAUAUGACAGAUUUAAUCUGACAGACAUCUGCAUAAAGAAAAAAUCUAAGAUGACAACAUCAUAACACAUUUCUAAAAUUCACCAUGCCGAGAUAAAUAUGAAAGAAUCUAUUAAAACGGAAACCUAACAUAUCAACCAUGGUAACUGUUUUCAAAAAAGGUUCAAGAAGUUUCUAAUCACAAUGUCAAAAUGCAACAAAGUGAAAAAUCCAUGUAAGAUAUGCUUAGGACCUGUGACGCAUAAGAACGGCUUACAAUGCCAAGGUGCGUGCCAAAGUUGGGUGCACUACAACUGCCUGAACUACACCCCUGGCAAAAUCAAGGACAUAAAGGCUGGUAUAAUCAAAGUAACAUGCCCCUGUCCCGACUGCAAAACGAGUAUGCCCAAAGAAUUCCGAACGGAUCAGCCAUACAGCUGCACCAAUUCCAUGUGCCCAGCAAACAGGCCCCCCAAAUGUGACAACAUGCAGUGCCCUAUUAACGACGCCGGGAAAGGCCGCGUGGUGCGACCACCACCUCCCUGCCCACUCAGCAAAUGUGGCAAUGAUUGCAAGACAUACACUACCCCGCAGUUCAGUAGUCCGCAGUUACGACCCUCGUGCCCCUCGCCUCAACCACAGCCUCCGUGUAGUAAUAAUAAUUACGGCGGCGACAUAUCACCAAUGUCUUCUUCUGACGCUUGCCUAAGCGAAGCAAUAACCAAUCGAUGUCCUUCAGGAUGCUCAUCAACACAAGAAGACGUUCAGGGAGAUGUAGGCGUAUAUCAAAUGGGAAGCAGCAUGCCCUCAUUUCACGUUGUGGAACAGAUGUGUAACACCGUUGGCCAGCUUACGAAUCAGAUCAAUGAUCUCAUGAUGAAGAUGAAACAGGCGUGCAACAGGCCGGGUGGUAAUGGCAACGGUGGUAGCAAUGGUAGCAGCAACGGUGGGAAUGGAAAUGGUGGGAAUGGUGGUGGAGGAGGCUGCUGUCCAAGGUCACCAAAGUCAACAUGUCCACAAAAAGGACCAAAAUCGAUGUGCCCAAAACCUUGCUACUGCCCCGGUAACCCGGCUCGACGAAAAUAGAUUUUCCAAUUUUAUUUCAAUUUAUUUUUAAUAGUUAUGGAAUAAUAUAUUGUUGUCUACAUAUUUUGUGAAAUAACUGAUCUACGUUUCAAAACAUUGGCGAGUUUUAUUCGUAUCUAAUUUUAAUGAUGACAGAUUUUAAUAUAGCGCGUUCCUUCCAAGUUUAAAAGGAAUAAUAUGAUAUCCGUUUCAAUGCUAAAUAUAAUUUAUUGAGAA